AUGAAGCUAUGGUACCACGUACCAGCCAGUCAACCACCCCCGCCUUCCAUCUUUAAAUACGAUGAGCCCUACACAUCAAAAGAAGAAGCUUAUCGCCAGAUUAAAUUGGCGCGAGAUUGGUUUGCCGUAUGGAUGGGAUUCUUUGCAUAUUUCGCUGCGUGUGCAAAGUAUGACAAGUAUUGUGCAGGAAAGAUGGUGAGAGAGAAGGGCGAGUUACUACCCCGAUGGUAUACCAGGCUGCUCGAGGAGGUUCCGAUGCUACAGCGAUCCUGGUUGUACGGGCUUUUAACAUCGCCAGCGUGUGUAUUCUCACCCGACACUCAGCGUGCAGGGAUAGUUAUUCCCUGGUAUGAAUAUGACAAUCGGAGGCCCGAGAUACAGUUCUUCCUGGACCAGCAGAUUCCUGUUUUCUUUCCGUGGUGUGCCAUCGCAGAACAGGCCAUCAUAAACAACCCCACCCUUUGCUAUCUUGAGCCUCCUGCAAACCUUGUUUGGGAUGCCCUUGAGAAGUUUCUGAACCGAUUCCCCAGUGUUCCUCUCGCUGGCCUAAUCCUUAGGUCUUACUUUCGAUUUCAUGAUCGCCCGCUGCACUCCACCAAACAUAUAUUGAGAAUGGAACACAGUACGUCGUUGGUCACAAAAUAUAUGUAUGAAAAAUUUGCCUCGCAAACCGACAAGGUCAAGGCGGCUAUGGAGGAGAACCAGAUGGAGGCCACGGUUGCAGAAUUGAGGGAGAUAGUAAGCCGAGCCAUGGACAUGGACCUCGCAGAGGCCAAGCGAGCCAUAGCAAAUCUCCCCACUCACGAUUGGAUGGACAAAGGUGACUACCACCGGAGAGGAGAGUUGUACGACCACGUCUCAAUAUUCUUGGAGAAACACGAGAGAAACCAGCGCUUUAUCAUUGCGACUGAGACCGAGGACGCAAAGAUCAAAAGGCUUCAAAGAGAGGAGGCCCUCCCGGGGUACAACACAUUGGUCUAUAGGUGGAAAAGUGUCACGACGCCGGGGGGGAAGAAAUUAUACAUGCGAGUUUGCCUCCUUCAAUCAAAGCACGAGAGACUGUUCGCAAAGGUGCCUCCCUCUCAACGAACAUACAAUGCAGUCUCAAACGAGUGGGACAUUUUUGAUGAAGUGGAUUUGCCACGAAAAUAUCUGCAAUUUGUGGACCCCCCUCCUAGGAAGGACGGUUAUAUCUACGACUAUCCUAUCCAAGCCGCCCGCAUCAAUCCCCAGUCCAUCAUCCCCGACAACGAUGUACCCCGUGUGGAAUCCGUUCCCGUCAUCCCAGAACCCUGUGUAGACUCUUCCUCGGGUGGUGUGACUUCCUCUCAUGAAACUCAGUACGAAACAUUCCCCAUGGACACGGAGGAAUUUCAGGAGGGGCCUUCCCAGCCUCUGGUACAUCGUCCAGAGCCGGGCCCCUCCACCAUGGAUACCGACACUGAUGAAGCUUCGAAAAUCCACGAUUACGAUUGGGACACUGCCGACCUCAUCUCCAACUUGCGAUACAGCUAUGGAUUCGUAGCCUCUGUAGUCCCAAAGAAGGAGGAUAAGACACCGGAAGGCUGGAAACACGCCUGUCAACACUUUGGGUUUUGUCAGGGUUUCUCCAGUUUCCCCUCUUUAUCUUCACAGAAUUAUCUUACCCUUUCAUUAUCUUAUCAAUUAUCUGAUUAG